AAUCUGCAAGUCAAUAUUUCAGGUACUAUGAAUUUAUCGCCAGAGUGUUCUAUUUGUGCGGAAGAAUUAGAUGAUCCCCGCCCCUUACCAUGUGGGCAUUCUUAUUGUGGACCGCACAAAAACUGCUUGUUGAUGUUAAAGCAAUCCAGUGGUGCGCUCAAAUGCGCCUUGUGCAAUGAUGUGCAUUACCUGGAUGUUGCCAGCCUAAAGCCUCUUUUCGGAAUAAGAGAAUUUCUGCAGCAAUCUGGGUCGAAACCAAGUAUCAAAACUCCCAAACUUUGUAAUUUUUCGCGUUGUCCGUGCCAUCCAACAGCUCCGGUCCUGUUUUGGUGUGUCCAGUGUUCCGAAAAAAUAUGCCAAACUUGUUUCGAGAAUCAGCAUGACGGACAUGCAAUGAAGAGCUACAAAAGCUAUUUGCAAAAUUCUGUUUCCAACAAGCUGAAAGAAAUUGGCUCUCAGAAGGAAUCAUUCAUGGAUUACAUGUCGAAGCGAGUUGAUACCGUUCAAAAACAAAUUAGUUCUAUUGAGAACAAGAUUCAAUCUUACGAAGACAGGAAACUAAUUCUCGAGAGAGAAAUUGAGAAGUUUGAAAGCAUCCGAACAAAUGAAGCUAAAAUUCGGGCGUUCGCCAAAGGAUCGGGUUCAGAAAUUGACACCACAAUUCUGGACAGUUUCUUGCUUCUGACUUCUGAAAGUGAGUCUGCGGAUAAUGGUGGUGGAAUAAACUCGAAUGGACUAACUCUGUGCGCUGAGUUUACUGGGUUCCGAUCAUGGAUUGCUGGGGAGAGCCAGGACUCACAAAGCGUAAUUCUCUCCAAAGGAUAUAAGUUGUGGAUCAGAGCUAAGAGAUUUCGAAGUGGACCCGAAAAGUUCUUUUUGGGACUCUUUCUGGGAUGUCAGCCGGUUGUCCCGAAAGAAAACUGGACAUUCAAUGUUGACUUUGAGUUGAUUCUCCUUAAUAACACCCCUUCGAAGAACAAGAAACUGUCUACCACCCAUACGUUCAGGGCACACGAAGAUGACUGGGGCUGGAACUCGUUCAUGGACUGGAACCAAAUGCUCAACCCUACUAUGGGAUGGAUCCAUGAUGCGAAACAAGCUGUGCUUGUUCAUUGCACGAUCAAAACUUCAAAUUAGAUAAAUUAGCUGCCUUAUAAUUACUUUCAAAUCAAGGUGAACUAUGAAUUCAAUGCAUUUGUAAAUAAACUGAAUGUACUAAAUCGAGAGUAUGUAGUUGAAAAAAUUUGAUAUCGUUAAAA